AUGAGGCUGUCGACGGCGGCGGCAGCCUUCAGCGCAUUAGGGUUGCUGACGCCCGGAGCUGUGUCUCAAACAGUAUCGUAUUCGGCAACGUCAGAGCUCACCUUUCUCACCGGAACAAGAACAGAACGACCAUCUUUUCAGACCGGUCCUCCUACUGGGCCUUAUCAGUCAUAUGGCUCCAAAAUCACGCUCACCGGGGCCAAUAGCUCGACGACCGCCGUGACCUCCUCGAGCGGAACCAUGACAACAGGUGCCAAUUUCACCACCACCACGUCUUCGGCACCUACAAACACACAGCCUUGUAACAACCACGUCGAGCUUUGCACACGAAGGUACAGCAACAUCACCAAUGUUGGAUGUCACAACUCGCCCUUCGUCCGGCCCGGAAACAGCGGUUCCAAUCAGGAGGUGGACGUCUUGACUCAGCUGGAUGACGGUGUUCGCUUUCUCCAAGCUCAGAUCCAGUGGCCUCCAAACUCGUCAACUCCUCAUUUUUGCCACACCUCUUGUGACUUGUUGGAUGCCGGUCCCAUCUACAACUGGCUGGGCCAAGUUGCCGAUUGGGUUGACGCCCACCCGUACGAUGUUGUGACCAUCUUGCUCGGCAAUGGCAACUAUUCAGAUCCCUCACUGUACGUCCCCUUUAUAGAGCGAUCCGGCAUCACAAAGUAUGUUUACAAUGCGCCGUUUCUUCCCAUGGCCCUCAACGACUGGCCCACCUUGGAGGACAUGAUCAUCCGGGGUAAACGAGUCGUCAUGUUCUUGGACUAUCAGGCCAACCAAACCAAGUAUCCUUGGCUGCUGGACCAGUUCUCCCAGAUGUGGGAGACGCCAUUCGACCCGCAGGAUCGCGCGUUUCCUUGCACUGUGCAGCGUCCGCCUGACUUGCCAAGGGAAGCGGCCAUGGACAGGAUGUAUCUUAUGAAUCACAACCUCAACGUCGAGUUUAACGUAUUUGGCGUCCAGCUACUUGUUCCGGCAGUGUCUCUGCUCAACGAAACAAACGGCUUCAAUGGUACUGGGAGUGUCGGGCUGGCGGCGAAUAACUGCCGUUCAGACUGGGGACGGGCACCAAACAUCCUCAACGUUGACUAUUACAACUAUGGCUCACCGAAGCCCUGUUCGGUAUUCGCGGCUGCCGCGGCGGUGAACAACGUCACUUACGAUUACAGCAAGCCUUGCGGUCAGCCUUCUGCGGCAUCACGCAUCAUUGUUCAAAGUCUCUGGAUAUCCGUUGCGGCGAUGGCAGUCGCUAGCCUUUGA